UUUAGAUUUUUAAAAAAAAUAUGGCUACUAGUAUUCAGCAGCAAGGCUCCAAGAAAUCAGGGGAGGAACGAGAUAGUAGCAAAUCUGAAAAAAUAAAACAUAAUCAAGACAUGUCAAGUAAAUUAUCAGAGAAAUUUCCCAAAAUAUCAAUCACAACUAAUAUAUCAAGUUCUUUUCUCAAGCCUUCUUCAACCUUUUUUAAAUCCUCAAGUUCUAGUGCAAGUGUUCCAAGUCCCCAAAGAUCAGUUUCAAGCUCGUUUACUAUAUCAAGUUCUAGUGCAAGAUACUCAAGCCCACUUGGAUCAGCAUCAAGCUCGUUGAGUCCAAGUGAAAAGUCUAGAAGCCAACAAAGAUCAUCGUCAAGUGUGUUUAACACAAUAAGUGAAAGUUCAUCGAGUCCUCCAAGUUUGAGCUCAAUAAGUGAAAGCUCAUCAAGUCCACCAAGAUCGUCAAUAAGCUUGUUUUCCUCAUUUUAUAAAAGCAAAUCAAGGCCAUCAAGAUCAUCCUUAAGUUUUCUAAGCUCAUUUCGUGAAAGCUCACCAAGCCCUCCAAGAUCAAACUCAAGUUCUUUAAGCUCUUCAAGCCCACCAAGAUCAACCUCAAGUUUAACUAAAAGAGGCCCACCAACAUCUACUUUAAAUCUAUCAAACUUACCAAGCUCAAGGUUAAGAUCAAAUCACCCAAACCCGGUGCUAAAUCUAUCCAGUCCUCAAAAAUUAAAUGCAUGGUCAUCAAGCCCACCAAGAUCAAUUUCUGCAAGCUCUUUAGAGACGCAUUCUAGUUUUCAAAUUGGUAACACAGCUCAAGAUUUCGGGUUGACUACUGACCUUCAGACAGUCUCAAUGGAGAUAAAUUUAAUCCACAGGGAAGAAAGGACGGAAAACAGUGUUGAUAUCAUAAAUUCCUUUGAAGAUAGUGAUUAUGCAAUGGAACCUAUGGAUAGUGAUGAUCAUAUGGAGGUUGUUGAAGAUAUAGCUGGAGAUAGAAUACAGCAUGAUCGAUCUUCUUUUUCAUUUAAUCAUACUUAUCCUGAACAAGGAUUUCCAUGCGCUCAACGCCAAUAUUCUGAAUCCCUUGGUAUCAUCAGUCACACAGGACCUCUGCAUCCCUCCUACGCUACACCGGAGGCUAGGCUUAGAACUUUCAGGGAGUGGCCUCCAGCCCUCAAGCAACGGCCUCAGGACCUCGCAGAUGCUGGCUUUUAUUAUAUAGGGUUGUCUGAUCAAGUAAAAUGUUUCUACUGUGACGGUGGAUUAAGAAACUGGCAACCUGAAGAUGAUCCCUGGAUGGAACAUGCAAGGUGGUUUUCCAAGUGUGUGUUUGUGCGUCUGCGUAAAGGAGACGAAUAUAUUAAAGAAUGCCUGGAAUCCAGACCGCCAGAUUCUACACAAGAAUCUGUUCCUGAGUCUAGAGAAGUAACAGAGGAGGACAUACGAUCAGUUAUGUCAGAGACUCUUGUACGUCAAGUUCUAUCAAUGGGGAUUGAUCAUUCAAGGGUUAAAAUGGCGAUCAAAAAACAGCUGGAGGAUUACGGCGCUGGAUUCGAUACUCCGGAGAAUUUAAUUAACGCGGCAUUUGCUGUUCAGAGAAGUCAGGAGCGCCGGGUUACCAGGGAGCACAACUAUCCCAGUGGGGCUGUUUUAGGAGGACGACGGAGCUUUGAUGAGGUGACGUCCAGGCACUGGGAGGAGGGAUUGAACCAGCUCGGAGACACAACAGAGGACGAGGACGAGAUACCGAUGUCGUUUACAUCUCUUCCCACUGGAGUAAACCUGAGCCGCAGCGCUAUCCGUCCCUCCACAAGCUCCCUACCUACUCCCCCAGCUCCCAAAUCCUCAACCUCCGCUCCACAAACACCUGCUUCUCCAGCCAAGUCCGAGGCUGCUCCAAAUUCUUCAUCCGAGGCUACAAGCUCACAGCCUCCUGUCCUCCCGGCAUCCUCCUCACAGCCUUCUGUCCUCCCGGGAUCCUCCUCAGGUCUGGAGAAGGAAGAGAGUUUGGAGGAUGAGAAUGCGAGGUUAAAAGAACAGAGGACGUGUAAAGUUUGUAUGGACGGAGAGGUCGGAGUUGUUUUCCUACCUUGUGGACAUCUUAUCUGUUGCGUCAGCUGUGCCCCGUCUCUUAAGGACUGCCCCGUGUGUCGCUGUGGUAUCCAGGGUACAGUAAGAACGUUCCUAUCCUGAGCUGAAAGAAAUGCACAAAGUUUACAGCUAGAUGUUGCUCUAAUGUACCAUAACCCUGUUCCUACCCUUUCCCUGUCUGUAUAAGCUGGAAAAUAGGGUUUCCGAUGCUUUAUUUAGUUUCUGCGGUUUAACAAGUCUUUUAAGUGUUUCGUUUGAUGCUGUAAAUAAUUUCAGCGCUGAGGGUUUUAAGGAUUUAGAAAUAUAGUCAGAUGGAUUGUAGAUAAAAUUGUUCAAGAGAUGGUAAAGAUUGCCAAGAUUCCCAAAAAAGAGUCGAGUGAUGGUCAAAAUAUGGUGUACAGAUGGUCAAGAUUACCAAGAGAAUAGCAAGAGAAGUUUAAGAAAAGGAUCAAGAGAAGUUUAAGAGAAGGUUUAAGAAAAGGCCAUUAGAAGGAUCAAGAGAAAGAUCAAAAGAAGGAUACAGGGAAGGAUCAAGAAAAUGUCAAGAGAUGGUCAAGAGAGUGAGAGAAGGAUUAAGAGAUGGUCAAGAGGUGCUCAAGAUAUAGUUGAUGAAAGGUCUAGUUUAUGGAAGAGUAAAAUUACAGUAUUUAAUGAAUUCAUAAAGGGCUUCUUAAGAUGCGCAGGAAUUUUGAAAACCCAUUUGAGAAAUAUUUCGGCUAAAUGUAAUUUUUUCAUAAUCAUUGAAUCUGUUUUUUUGGAAAGUCUUUGUUACAUAUGUUUAAUGUUUGAUAUUUCAAGAGUAUUUUAAGCAUUUUCUAACACACAACACAAAAACAUUUUCUAACACACAAACAGGAAAAUUAUUUUCUAACACACAAACAAGAAAAAUAUUCUACAUACAAGAAGAGAAUUUUAUUUGCUCACCUGUUAAAACUAAUACAGCACUAAUUCAAUCUAAAUUGAUAAUUAUAAACAAAGUUAUACUUUAUAAACUAUAUUAUCAAGAACCUGAUAAAAUGAACGAUUUUUUUCUGAAAUACUGCAGCUAAAAUUGAAUUUUAUUUUUAUUAAAGUUUAUUUUUGUCAAGAUUAAAAAUGUUUUCUUAAAAUACUUCUCUGAAUUACAAAAUAGAACUUAACAAUUAUAUGAAAUGGUUUAAAAAUGGAAAUAAAUAUUUAUGGCACAUGGCAAAUAUAUAAAAUUAUUUUGUUUUCAAUAGAUAUAUUAUUAAUCUUCAAUGUGAUGAUUGCAGAAAUAUUUUCUUAUCUAAAAAUUAACAAAAUAAAGAAAAUGUUGAAAAGUUAAUAAUUGUGUAUUAUAUUUCUGCUGAUAUCUUUAUCAUUUUUUGUCUCGUAAAAGUACACUUAAGUUUUGUGAGUUUUACAUUUAUCGACUGAGCUGUAACUUUUAGCGGAUAUAUUGAGUAAAAUAUUUAAAAUCAAAUUAUCUGGAAACUUAAGUGUUAGACACCCGUAAUCCUGUCUACUUAAUCUUGAUAUCCACUGUGGACACUUUCAAUUUUCUGCUUGAUCCUCUCUUCUGGGUUCCGACCAAUAAGAGUUCACUCAUUGGUUUCUUCUGAUUAACUGUUCGGUUUCUGCAAACACACUCUGAUUAGAUGAACUUUGUACACUUUCCUAGAUAUCAAUUUAAAGAAUGAAUUAAUCUGCAGAUUAGCAAAAAAGAGAUCAAGUAGUGAUCUCGAUAUCCACAAUACAAGAGUUUUCAGCUCUGGCCAUAUUUCGUAGAUUUGCAUUAAGAGUGGGUAAUCUUCUACAAAGAUAAUGGGAUUAAAUCAUUUUAUCCAUUUAAAAGUUACUGGUUCAGUUCUGGACCCAAAAGUGUUUAGCAAGAUAAUGGGAUAAAAUCAUUUUAUCCAUUUAAAAGUUACUGGUUCAGUUCUGGACCCAAGAGUGUUUAUCAAGAUAAUGGGAUUAAAUCACUUUAUCCAUUUAAAAGUUACUGGUUCAGUUCUGGACCCAAGAGUGUUUAGCAAGAUAAUGGGAUUAAAUCAUUUUAUCCAUUUAAAAGUUACUGGUCCAGUUCUGGACCCAAGUUAUUACUGUAAACUCACUUUAAGAAAAUAUAACUCUGAAAUAAAAAUAUAUUUAAAACCUG